AUGAGUGCAUUACAUAUAAAUGUGGAAUUUUGGCGAGUAGUUAAAGAGAACAAUAUUUUGGACGAAGACGAUUUGCCGAGUAAUGUAGAGGAAACUGAUGAAACUCCAGCUGAGAAAGCCACUUCACACUUGCUUGGUUUGGACGAUGAAUUAGAUACUACAGUUGUUAAUGAUGCAAAUGAAAAAGAUACUUCUAUGUCUGCUGGUCCGGUUUAUGUUGACACCACUGCUUCUCUUGCUAUGUUGCUCACUUAUUCGGUUACUGGUCUCGAUGAUGGUACAACACUUGUUAAUCUUAUUUCUUUUGAUUCUCCGAAAUCUCCUUCAAGGCCUAUUUAA